GCGGCAAGUGGGAAAUACUGGGACAAACACUGUAUUCGAGUGCAACUGGCAUCCCGGCCAAAAAGAUCGAGACCACUUUACGAGUACGCGCAUGUCGGGCACGAUGGUCCCGUCCGCCCGCGGCGUCGCGCUGGUCUCUCAGCGCCUGGAUAGUCUCCAUGGCGCCAAACGCGGGUGCGGUGGUCUGUCAGGUUACUACCUCAAGCUUCUGUUUGCGGCCGGGUUUGGAUGGGCGAUGGACUCGAUGGACACGUUUCUGUUUACAUACUGCAUGAAGCACAUCACGAUGGAAUUCAAGGCGAAAGGCCGCGACUUCACGUCCCAUGAGCAGGCCAUUCUUGGGUCGUCUGUCUUUGCUGGGUCGUUUGUCGGCGCGUUUCUCUUUGGGAGUCUGGCCGAUCGAUUCGGACGAAGGCCGGUGUUCCUGUGGACGAUGGUUGUGUUUCUCACGGGCAUGGUCAUGUGCGGCCUCGCCGACAGCUACGGCAUGCUUCUCACGUUCCGUUUUGUCACGGGCGUCGGUCUCGGCGGCGAGCUUCCCGUCGCGUCGACGCUCGUGCAAGAGUUGUCACCCAAAGCAAUUCGCGGCCGCGUGAUUGUGUUGUUGGAUGGGUUUUGGCCCGUGGGUUGCUUGCUGGCGGUCGCGUUCGCAUUUGAGCUCAUCAAGUACCUCACUUGGCGCCAUGUCUUCUUUGUCUCGACGGCUCCCGUCGUCAUCGCGAUCAUACUCCGCGUGAUGGUGCCCGAGUCGCCCAAGUGGCUCGCGUCCGUGGGCAAGAACCACGACGCGAACCGAAUCGUUCAGGACAUCGAGAUCGCCCACGGCGUGUACUCGUACACGGCCAAGCUGGACGCACAUGUCGAUGACCCAACCGCGAAUGUGUUUUCGUACCGCCAUCUCAGCACGGUCCAGCGCGUCGCGCUGCUCUUCCGCGGCGAGUACCUCAAACGCACGGUCGUGCUCUGGAUCGUGUGGUUCGGCAUUGCGUUUGUUUACUACGCCAUCUACGUCUGGCUGCCCAAAAUCGUGUCGACCAAGCCCGGCGCGUUUGACAUCUACGGCACGCCAGCGUCCAUGUACGUGAUCUUGGUGUUUCAGAUCCCGGGGUACUUUUCCGCCGCUUACGUCGUCGAAAAGAUCGGGCGGAAGCUGACGCUUGUGCUCUUCCUCUUUUGCUCGUUCGGGUCGGCGCUCAUGUUUGGGUACGUCGACCCGACCGAAGUGAACUUGAUGACGACGGGGUCGUUCAUGUCGUUUUCCAUGCUUGGCGCGUGGGGAGCGCUGUACGCGUACACGCCAGAGAACUACCCGACCAACAUCCGCGCGAUGGGGGCGUCGUACCCGUCGGGAUUCAGCCGCAUUUCCGCCAUCGCUGGCACGUACGUCAUGCCUAUGCUGGUCGAAGCCAAGUGGUCGACGGAAUCGAUCAUGUGGCUCAACGGCGCAAUCCUCAUCGCGUGCUGCGUCAUCUUGUUUGUGUUUGGGUACGAAACGCGGGGGAAAGACAUUGACGACGUCCUUGGCGUUGGCGAGCCCGUCGUCGACCUCCCCAGCAGCCUCAGCGACCUCCUCAGCCCGUACCCCGACUUGCUCGAGUAAAUGAACCCAUCUAAUUAUUCUUCCAUCGGCAUC